CGGCAUGUAUAUACAACACAUACAUUAAGGUGGGCCCCAUGGUCAGGGCUCACCCACGGAUGUGGAUUGCGUACUGACGUCGCCAGUAGUUAGUCACUAUUGGACGAUGCUUUGUAGGCCCCACCAUGAUGUAUUUGUUUUAUACACGUCAUCCAUCCAUUUUGCCAAAUCAUUUUAUGGCACUGGCAAAAAAUAUGAGGCAAAUCCAAAUCUUAGGUGGACCACACCACAGGAAACAAUGUAAUUGAAUGCCCACCAUAAAAAACUUCUUCGGGGCACAAUUAACCCAAAAAGUUGAUGAGGUCGAUAAGGAGAACCAAACAGUGGUCAAUGACAAACUCGUCUAAUGUAUCAACAGAUUUCUAAAAACAAAAAAACUAUAUCACUUAGACCAUUAACCAAAAAGUUGGUACUGCAUGCGUCCACCCAUCCAACAAAUGGUAGUACAUCCUAUUGUUGCCUAUUCUUUCUUUCACACCUCAAUCACCUUCCAUAUGUUCUCAACCUCCAUCUUCAAAAACUAGUUUAUGACUUCAUCAUAAGUGGGAAGCUUCAACCCUGAUUGCAGCAACAGCUUCCAUCCUUGAUGCAAAGAAAUGGGCUCUUCACAAGCAUAAAAAGGUAGAGUAUUCGUCUAGAGGAAGUGAGCAGUGGUAAAACAAACAUUAUCUCUGUCUUCUUUUUUCCAAAUUCUAAUUAGAGUGGCUUGUUGCUUUCCUCUUCCCAUACUCUCUUCCAAUAAAUCAUUCACAGUUCUCUUCCCUUGUUUCUAUUACCUAAUUUUUCCACGUCAUUAGGAUUGGAACUCUUUCAACAUCGUAUAUGGCUUUUACAUAUUGUUUCUUAUCGCUAGAAUUUAUCUCCAACAAAUUCUUAAACUUCUCUGCUACAUCAUCACCUACUUGUUAACAUGCUGCUACGUUCUUCUUUGUUCUGGCAAAGUAUUGUCUCAUUUAGAAAACCCCUCCCCAAUAGCGCUUCCCACAAAAAGUUAUAUUUGAGGUGAAGGUUAAUGUUUUCAUCCACUUUUGAGCAAUAAUACCAUGUAGGAUCGUUAUCCUUAGCCUUGGACUUCUUCACCAUCUUCAAGAAUAAUCAACGCAGUCCUAAGGUAAAGACAAAAAUAAAAUCAAAAGACAUAUUAGGAAAACAAUUAUUUACCCUUAAAAUAAGCAUAGAAAAAGAAUCCUAAAGUAAAGAAAACACAAAAAUAUUGAAUAUUUUUAACUUAUUUACCCUUAUAGGGAACAAGAAAGAGAAAAGAAUCUGUAAUUAUUUUAUAUAUUUUGGUAUGUAAUUUCAUUUAGAAUCUCAAUGGAGAAAGUAAUGUUCAAUUCAAUUGACCAAUGAAAAAGAUAUGUUGAAUUCUUUUCUCCAAAAACUCCAAAACUUCUCUUAAAAAAAACAAAAGGGAGCUUUCUUAAUAUGGGUGGGCCUUACAAGUAUUUUUUUUAAAAAAGCAUAAAAUAGUUUUUUUCGGGUGAAUAAUGCAUAUUGUAGAAUCGUAUGAUUCUACUGAAUCACGCAAUUCCUAUACGAAUCUUAUGAUUCGAUUGUAAUUGCAAGUUGGGUGUACGAUUUGGGUUGUCCACCCCUGCAAUACAAUCUGAAUCAUAUGGCUCAGAUAACACUGUUUAGAUGCCUUUGUGGAUUCUGAAAUAUCUCAGGCCUUCUUUUUCCUGGAGUGGUUUUCUGUAGGAAUACGAAAUUUCAAGCCAAAAUUUAACUUGCUGAUGUAUUGCACCUUUUCCAUGUGUCUUCUGCAUAUUCUUUCAUCAGCUCUUGUAGGCUUUACGAAGUCUUGGAUGAUAUCUGUGGUUGUGCAGAGUAAAGCUAAAGAGAUGGUGAUGCUGGCGGAGAAAAUGAGGCUAAAGCUUCUUUCGGGCUUGACUGGUCAGGCCAGUGCUGCAAAUGAUGAAGAGAUGGGUUCUAAGCAAGAAAUGCAGGAUUGGCUUCUGAGCAUUGGUAUUGCAUCUCCAGUUACAAAAGAGUCUGCUGGUGCACUAUAUCAUCAGCAACUAUCCCGCCAGUUGGCAGAUUUUGUCAAAUUGCCACUAGAGAAAAAUGGAGGAAUGAUUGCAUUGAUUGACAUCUACUGUCUUUUCAAUCGCGCAAGAGGAACAGAAUUGAUUUCACCAGAGGAUUUACUACGAGCUUGUGCUGUUUGGGAGAAAUUUGAUGUGCUAGUGAUGCUUAGAAAGUUUGAUAGUGGAGUCAUGGUCAUCCAGAAUAAGUCCCACAGUGACGAGGAGGUUUUUGCGAGAAUUAAAGCCCUUGCACUGAAGCCUGACGUACUUAGAGCAGGCAUUAGUCCAAGUGAUGCUGCAAUGACAUUAGGAAUUGCACCAGCACUGGCCAAGGAACAUCUUCUAACUGCUGAAAGCCAAGGUCUUUUAUGUAGAGACAUCAGCCCUGAGGGCUUCUGCUUUUACAUUAAUCUGUUCAAAGAAAUAAAUCCAAACAACAUCUACGCGGUGAAAGAUCAUGGACUCUUCAGUUCAUGGGUUUCAGCGGUCUCGGCUACUGGGUAGGGGAUGUUUCCCUUUUUUAAUGCAUUUUUUUUUUUUCUGUGAUGAAUGGAAUCGCUGCCUGAUCACAAGUCAUGACAAGGCCAACAAUGAACGCCUGUCAUGCUGUGACGGAAGCAGAGUAGAAGCAUCUGCUUUAGAGGCUGGGGGUGUGGAUGCAUUGAGUAUUCCAGCAGUCAUGGUAACAUUACAGAUUUCCCUGUUUAUAAAUGGGAACGAAGAUGCCAAAAUUUACAUGAGGCAUGUGUAUGAGCCAGGGGAAGGCAUGUGAUCGAUGUCGGUAUUUUGGUCAUUGUAACAUUCUUGGUCAUUUUAAUAUAAUGUGCAUAUGGUCUAUUUAAACGAUUUAUAACAGUGAUGGGGUAAGUGAGGAACUA